GGCUUUGGUGUGGAGGCCAUCAUUCGCUCGUCCGUCUUCUCAAACUACGCCACUAUUUCACCAUUUUCACGAUUGAUCACCAUCACCAUUGGAAUUGCUCUUCAGUCGCAAUUUAAAUCUUAUGUAAACUCGAUUCGCACCGCUACAUUUUCGUUUGUCAACCAUGUUCGGAUGAGCACAGACGAGCGAACGAGCGUAGCGACACCUGGUGCCGAAUCACGAAUGAAUACUGAAAAAUUUAGAGAGUCUACCCAAGCUAAUCACCGCUGUUACACAAUCCCUGAACGUUCUCAUGUACAUACUCGAAAAAGUAGGGUACGAAUAUUACUAGAAGGAAAUACGAAAAGAACAGCGGCCUGCUCUCCCCGAGCAAGUCGGCACCGGUCGGCAUCGGCCGACACCGUUCGUUAGUUGGCAAUUCUCCUCACUUGUCGCCACUGUCUCUCUCUCACUGUUCGUCACGUCACGGCACGGGAGAAGCCCCUCUUCCUCAAAGGGGCAUUGGCGUUCUAUCCAGUACUCUCGCAAUUGUUCGCAACUUACCCGAUACUCUACUUCUGUCACAUUUAUAGUGUUCUUUAUUAUUCAUUUCUACCAAGUGACUAACCAAUUUGACCUGCACAACUGAUUUCGAGUGAUUUGGACUCUGUAUGUACAUACACAAGUGGCUAACGUAUAGCACAGCGCAGGUGCAUAGCUUCAAAACUGUCAAGUAUGUGCUCCGCACUACACAUCUCCGCUCUUAUUUCAGUCAAUUCACGCGUUCUCGUCGUAACUUUGUGAUUCAAUUCGAAAAACAGAAAGGAAAAAGAAGAAAGAUACAAUAAUCGCUAAGUGACGCUGUCCAUCAUGUUGAUUGCUGCACACGCUUCGCCAGCUCGAACUGACCAACGUUGAAUCUUAUAACGCAUCUUUCUCUACUUCUGCCCCUUUACUUCUUGACUUCUAUAACAUUCCCUCCACUCCGAAAUUUUUCGGAUAAUCCGGGGUGAUCGGUUCUCGCUUGCGAUCACAUUGUUUACAUAAAUCUAAAGAAGAGUCCUCUCCGAAGGUGCGCCAAGUUCGAUAAAGUCACGUGGAUGUACGUGGAUGUACAGUUGCCUACGGAUUUGAGGAAAUUGGCAGUAUGGGAAACUCUGGCUUGAAGCAGCACUACGAAACUGCGAAAAAAACAGGUGUCCUCAAGCUGUCAGAGAGAAAACUCGAAGAAUUUCCACCGAAUCUUAGCGCCCUCGCUCCGCUUUUGCGCACCCUCGACCUUUCUCACAACAUAUUUACCAAAGUUCCAGGCGACAUCAGAAACUUUACACUCCUCAAGCACCUAAAUCUCUCCUACAAUAAACUGACAGUUUUACCUGAACAAAUUGGUGCGUUACAUAAACUUGAAAGUCUGAACGCCAGUGAAAAUCAUAUACAAACCGUUGCUUCAUCCCUAUCUAAACUGUUGCACUUGAAACAAGUCAAUUUGUCUGGUAAUCAUAUUGUCGACUUUCCUCUUGCAUUCUGCAACCUUAAACAUUUGGAUGUGCUUGACCUUUCAAGAAACAAAUUAACUACAAUACCUGACAAUGUUUCACAACUGUAUACAAUUGAACUCAAUCUUAAUCAGAACCAGAUCUCUUUCAUAUCCGAAAAACUAGCUGAAUGUUCACGGCUAAAGACUCUACGUCUGGAAGAAAAUUGUUUACAGCUGAACAGCAUUCCCAAACAGGUCUUGGAGAAUUCUAAGAUUACGAACUUAGCUCUGGAAGGAAAUCUCUUUGAAGCAAAGCAACUUUCAGAUCUCGAGGGUUACGAAAGCUAUAUGGAAAGAUAUACAGCAGUCAAGAAAAAAUUAUUUUGAUUAAAUUUUAAGCAAUAAAUUAUUGUACUUUAUGUGACUAUGAGGAUAAAGGAAGGUUUAUUUAUUUGUAA